CUAAAUGACCUUAUCACGGGAUAAAAAGAAAGAAAGGAAAAAUUCUGAAUGAACUGCUCCUGCUUAUAGUAAAAGAAGAACAUACGUGAAAGCAUAUACUUCAUUGAUCUUUAGCUGUAUGUGUUCAUUCACCAAACGACUAACUAGACAAGCCAUCGUUACAAUGUGGUGUGGCAAGAAGAAGAAGAAGAAGAUGGCGGAUAGCAACAACAACAAUAGCAUAGCCAAAAGAUGGAAACAUCUAAGUGGUGAACAUCAUUGGAAGGAUCUAUUGGAUCCUCUAGACAUUGAUCUCCGGCAUUACAUCAUUCACUAUGGCGAAAUGGCUCAAGCAGCAUACGAUGCUUUCAAUACCCAAAAAGCAUCAAAGAACGCAGGAAGUAGCCUUUAUACAAAGGAAGCUUUUUUCUCUAAGGUUGGAUUGGAGAAUGGAAAUCCUUACAAGUAUCAAGUUACCAAAUUUCUUUAUGCAACAUCACAAAUUCAGCUUCCUGAGGCAUUUAUUAUCAAGUCUCUAUCAAGGGAGGCUUGGAGUAAGGAAUCUAAUUGGAUGGGGUAUGUCGCGGUGGCUACCGAUGAAGGGAAGGCCGUGUUGGGGCGGAGGGAUAUUGUGAUUGCUUGGAGAGGUACAGUGCAGACACUAGAAUGGGUUAACGAUUUUCAGUUUACUUUAGUCCCAGCUCCAAAGAUAUUUGGCGAGUCCAAUGAUCGUAAGGUGCAUCAAGGUUGGUACUCCGUCUACACUUCUGAUGAUCCAAGAUCACCUUACAACAAGAGCAGUGCUAGAGAUCAGGUUCUUAAUGAAGUAAGGAGACUUGUGGAACAAUACAAGGAUGAAGAAAUCAGCAUAACAGUAUGUGGACAUAGCUUAGGAGCUGCAGUUGCAACAUUGAAUGCAGCUGAUAUAGUUGCAAAUGGAUUUAACAAGUCCAAAUCCUGGCCAAACAAACCCUGUCCUGUAACAGCCAUUGUUUUUGCUAGUCCUCGAGUCGGCGACUCAGACUUCAAGAAGGUCUUUUCUGGGUAUAAAGAUCUUCGAGUAUUACGCGUUCAUAAUCUGCUAGAUGUUGUUCCUAAUUAUCCACUGAUAGGGUAUGCAGAUGUAGGAGAAGAAUUGACAAUUGAUACUACAAAAUCAAAGUACUUGAAGAGUCCUGGAAACGUGUCAAGCUGGCAUAAUUUGGAGGGUUAUCUACAUGGAGUGGCAGGAACUCAAGGGUCGACUGGAGGGUUUAAAUUAGAGGUUAAUCGAGAUAUCGCUCUUGUUAACAAAUCUUUAGACGGUUUGAAAGAUGAGUAUCUUGUACCAACUUCAUGGCGGAUUCAGAAGAACAAGGGCAUGAUACAACAAGCUGAUGGUUCCUGGAAGUUGAUGGAUCAUGAAGAGGAUGCUCCUGAUACGGCUUGAAAUCAUCACUCGGGUUAUUCAAUCUAUUCUUACAAUUGUUUCAGAUUGUUAAAAGCAGUGCAAUUUAAUCCGUCUGUUGUUGUGUGUAAAAUUGUCACAUGAGUCAGACUAAGCCAAGCUGAUAUAAUUGAGUGAGAAAUAAUUAAGCAACCUAGAGUCAGAUUAUUGAUAUGGAGUGGGGCAUGCACCAACUCCUCACAUUGCUCUAAUGUCCGUCCCUCUCCCACUAUAGGAGUAUUAGGUAAAAAAUCAGUUUGGAAGGAUAGGUGAUUGGUUGAUUGUGAUGCUUCUUCUAAUUUAGAAUAAUAAUAUUCCAUGUUUAGAAUAAUCUAAUUUUUCUAAUAUCUAUUUUCUAAUUCAGAGUCAACUCGUGUAAUUAGUUUGAUGCAGAAUAAUUCAUUUGGUUUUCUUUUUCUUUUUCAA